AUGGCCGCAGCGCAAGACCCGUGUUCUAUGAAUGUCACAAGUCGGGCAACAAAGUCCCGGUUCCCCAAGGGCCUAUCAAGAGCGCAACUGCAUGAGCGGUUCUUGAACGGUACAUAUCGUCUAAGAUGGCGAGAGCUGAAGUGUGUCGGCUACAGAAUGGACGUAUACCAUGCACUAUGUGGCAUAUACGGAGACACACCUCCCCCGGGAAGUGACGAAGGAACUCCUGAAAGGCCGGCGAACGCAGAUAGUGACGAGACUGAUCUUAGCGACACGGCGACGAAUGACGCACGGCCUAUGACAGCCGGCAGCUCUGUACUGGAAAGUCCCGAAAGAACUAGCGAAGAAUCUCUCGAAGGAACUCCUGCAUCAUCGAUCAAUGGCAUCGAGUUGUUCAGCCGUGAUGUCAUCUCAACGAAAGCCAUCGGUGGAUCUCCAAAAAGAUCGCGUUGGAAUCCAAAUAGGUCGGCGAGAGCCGGCGAGGACGGCACCAUGUUAAAUGGCUUCGCGGACCCGUCAUUUUUUGAAAAGGUCAUGCCUCUAUUUUGUAAGCGAAGGGCUACGACAUACGAAUAUUGCGGACAAUACCGGUUCAAGCAUGGGGGUGAGACGUCUAUCUUUCGAGAUCUUGCGCAGGCGGAGCAGGAUAUGUGGAUUGAUAACAUCUUGCACUACCGGAAUAAGCUCAUGUUUCACCAUGACCCACUCAGGACGGGGAAUCUCAUUAUGCCGACAAGUGAAACAGCGGCAGAGGCUCGGGACAAGCUGCUUGACGGAACGUAUCGGUUGCGUUGGAGGAAGCUCGAGUUCGUGCAGUACAAACAGGACCUCUACGAGAAAUUGUGUCGUGCCAAGGGCUCAGCAAGCUCGGGAGCUGAUGCAAAUGGGACAACGGAGGAACGAGUGUCGCCUGCUACGGCCACGGAAGAAGGACGCAACAACGCGUCUGACGAUGAUGUCGUUUUUCUCGCUGAGGUCACGGGGUAUGCUGUUGUCAAGGAUGAAGACAGCGCUCCUUAUGCUGAAGCACAUCAACAAUAUCAAUCGCAGUUGCAAUGGGGACAUUUCGGAAAUGAUGUAAUGUACAAAGGCUGCCCUAUCAUCGCCCAAUUGACGUAG